AUGGCAAGAACCCUAUUUAUAACUCCUGUUUCCUGCCCCUGCCUUUCCCACCACGGGGAACUGGGCACCGUGAGAACGGUCCUGCCUGGACGCGCCGGGCUCCGGUCCGCCGUCGCUCGGGCGCGGGGAGAGCCGAUCCCUCCUCCCUGCGGAGCUGCCCCACGCAGCAGCGGGGUCGGGGGGAGCGCGGGGAAGCUGCGCUUCCACGAGGUGAAAACGCCGUGGUGGUACAACCUGGGCAAGGCCCUCCGGCAGCCCUGGGAAAGCUGCGCCCUGGCGCACGACUGCCGGGGAGCUGCGGACCGGGGCCCUCCUCGCCCCGUGCAGCGCAGCACGGCUCCAGUUCCCAGCGUGGGGGUAAAGAGCUUUCAGCUACAACGUUUGGCACCUCCAGAGCUCCUGCUGCCAGGCAGCAAAGGGCGCGUGCCCAAAGGAGAAGAACGCGUCUCCCCAGGUUUGCCCUGGAUUCGCCUUCCCGGCGCCGCGAUGAAGACCCUCGCGCUGCGGGGCUGGGGUGCGCGCUCGCCCUCGGCCCCGACCUCGGUGCGGGGCACGGAGGGGCUGCGGGCUCUCGCCCUCCGCUGCAGCCGACGCCGGGUGCUCGCCGCGCUUUGCGGACCAAAUCCAAGCAAGCGCGCCGGCUUCGCAGGCCGCACGCAGCGAUCUGCAGUGGGACCUCCUGCUCCACGCCAGAACCUGCAGCCCCGUCUCCGCGGCCGUUUCACCUGCGUUACGCGGCCCCGAGGCUCUGCCUGCCCGGUGCCGGCUCCCGCAGAACUGACCGACGGCAGCAACUCUGGCGAGUCACUUCAAUUUCUCCUCGCCUUCGGUAGCCAUCUGUUUAAAGAUGAAGUGGAUAAAUUAAAAGGAAUCUGUUUUGAAGCUCCUUUGCUGCUCUUGGACUGGCUCCGGGUGCCCCCUCUGCUGCUCCGGGGGAUGGAGCUGUCGCCUCUGGCCUCGGUUUCUUGCUGAGCCCCGUCUGCUGUCCUUCCCUUGCAGGUUCUGACAAUGGCUGAGGAUUUGAGGGCAGCGGUUGCCAGCCAGACGAAGAGACUGAACAGCAGCAGCGAGGUGGUUGAAAGGGUGGAAGAAAAUGGACAUCAAAAUAAAAGGUUGAAGAGAAAUGCGGAUGAGGAAGAUGCAGAGGAUCAGAAUAAAAAGUCACCCAAAAGGAAGAUUGUGUUGUUGAUGGCGUAUUCAGGGAAAGGCUACCAUGGGAUGCAAAGAAACGUGGGAUCUUCACAGUUCAAGACAAUUGAAGACGACUUAGUAUCUGCCCUUGUUCAGUCAGGCUGCAUCCCAGAAAACCAUGGGGAAGAUAUGAAGAAAAUGUCUUUUCAGCGGUGUGCUCGAACAGAUAAGGGCGUGUCUGCAGCUGGACAGAUUGUGUCGCUAAAGGUCAGGCUCAUAGAUGACAUCUUGGAAAAGAUCAAUAACCAUCUUCCUUCUCACAUCAGAAUUCUGGGUCUGAAGAGAGUCACUGGGGGAUUCAACUCCAAGAACAAAUGUGAUGCCAGAACCUACUCUUACAUGCUGCCGACAUUUGCCUUUGCCCACAAAGACCAGGAUGUGCAAGAAGAGGUUUACCGACUGGACAGAGAGACCCUUGAAAGAGUCAACAAACUGCUUGCGUGCUAUAAAGGAACGCACAACUUCCACAACUUCACAUCCCAGAAGGGACCCAGGGACCCCAGCGCCAAGCGGUACAUAAUGGAGAUGUACUGCGGAGAGCCAUUCGUGAGGGAAAACAUAGAAUUUGCGGUGAUCAAAGUGAAAGGUCAGAGUUUCAUGAUGCACCAGAUAAGGAAGAUGAUUGGGCUGGUGAUCGCUAUUGUGAAAGGUUAUGCUGCCGAGUCUAUCCUAGAGCUCAGCUGGGGAGAGGAGAAAGUAGAUGUCCCCAAAGCUCCAGGACUUGGGCUGGUCUUGGAAAGAGUACACUUUGAGAAGUACAACAGGCGGUUUGGAAAUGAUGGGCUGCAUGAGCCACUGGAGUGGACAGAGGAGGAGGAGAAGAUCGCUGUUUUCAAAGAGCAGUAUAUCUAUCCUACCAUUAUCAACACAGAAAGGGAAGAGAAGUCCAUGGUGAACUGGCUGAACACCCUCUCCAUUCAUGACUUCAGCUCUUCUGCCGUUGGGAUGCAAGCUAACAACAAAAAUUCAAAGAACAGCAGCGAUCUCGAAGGCAGCGAUGGUUGUGAGGAUGAUUCCGACUGAGCCAGUAAGCGGCUGGACGUGGGACCCUUACUGCUUGCAAUUCCCGUUGUCUACAAAAAAGUGGCCUUUCUAAAUCCAAGAAUCCCGUAAAGCAGGGGUUUGUGCGCUUGCAGAACAAGAACUGGAUGCCCAGGAGAAACUGGGUGGGGAAAACGGUGCAGUAGAAAAAGUAAAGGAGCCUUUUUAUACCACUGACUGACUCACCUGACUGGUAUACUUGAAAAUAGUGUAACGUAAAAUAAGCUUUCUAAAAGAAUCUUGUAAUGCAGGAUAUCUUAAUUGCUAUUUGAAUAAUGUUUUUAUUAUAUGUUUACCUGGAAAAUAGUAUUUUAAGUAUGUAUAAUCUCUACAUAAAGAUGGGGCAAAUCAUUUUAAUAUACUUUUUUUGAUUAUUAUUAUGAAGUUAU